UAUAAAGAGGCUGCUGAUCGCCGUCUCUUGACGAAAGGAAAAGAGGAAUUUAGAGAUUAUGAAACUACCAGUAACUUCAUUUACAAAACUUUUUAACCAACGAUUCCGUGGACCUGUAUCCAGGAACAUCAAUCGGUCUUUCUACGCUACGAUGAGAGCUGCGAGGUAUUACGGUAUCAAGGACAUUCGUGUCGAGCAGGUCCCUGAGCCUUCAGUGCAGCCCGGACAAGUCAAGGUUGCUCCUAAAUUUGUUGGAAUCUGCGGCACAGAUCUGCACGAAUAUCUUGGAGGACCAAACUUUUGCCCAACCAAGCCUCACCCUCUCACAUCAGAAAGUAUUCCUGUAACACUUGGCCAUGAAUUCUCAGGAAUCAUCUCCGAAAUUGGCCCCGACGUAACCGGCUUCGAAGUAGGUCAGCCCUGCGCAGUUCAGCCAACCCUCUUCUGCGGCCACUGCGCUGCAUGCCACACCAGCGCCGAGAACGUCUGCCAUACCGGUGGUUUCCUCGGUCUCUCUGGCGGUGGCGGCGGUCUUUCCGAGUCAGUCUGUGUGAACGCGACGCACGUCUUUGCGCUGCCAAAAGACCUGCCCCUCGAGAUCGGAGCACUUGUCGAGCCGCUUUCUGUAGCGUGGCAUGCUAUGUCUGCGGCGCCGGAAAUCAACGAGAAGUCCAAGGUUACAAUUUUGGGCGGUGGGCCGAUUGGUUUGGCGAUGAUUUUGUGCUUGAAGGCCAAGGGCGUUAGUGAGAUUAUUGUUUCCGAAGUUGCCGCCUCGAGACAGGAGUUUGCGAGGCAGUUUGGUGCCACCAAGGUUGUGAACCCGAUCAAAGAGGACCUCAACGAGGUCGUUCUUGGCUUGACUGGUGGUUUGGGUGCUGAUGUUGUUUUCGAUUGCGCCGGUGUACCAGCGAGUGUCAAGGGUGCUUGUGAAGUCGUCAGAACAAGAGGCACUGUAGUAAACAUCGCAAUCUGGGAGAAGGAGAUACCUUUCAACCCUAAUUGGCUGACCUUCAAGGAGAGUGCCUACAAAUCUGUCUUGGGAUACCAACGGGAAGACUUCCAAGCGGUCAUCGAUAACCUCGCUUCUGGUGCAAUUAAGCCUAGCCAGAUGAUCACCAGAAAGAUCAAGAUGGAGAAUAUUGUCGAGGAUGGUAUCAAUGCGUUGAUCACCGAUAAAGACAACCAAGUCAAGAUCCUGGUGGAUAUCAAUGACAAAUAAUUGAAAUCAGGUGCAAUAACCCACAAGGAGUUAGGGGAGUUUGAGCUUGUUGUGCAAUAGCAAGUAGCCUUGAAUGAUAGUUUUCUAUUUGAAGCAACAUCCUGUAUUCUUUUCCCAGGUCCCUACUGCCGCACCUCCGUCCACGGCGGAAUGAA